AUGGUCAUCCGUCACAUUAGAACGGGACGGACGAAAGGCGUAGGCAUAAUUCUUGUACCUGCCUAAUUUUUCAGGUUUUCUUCAGUGGAUUUAUAAAAAGCUCAGCAAAUAUGGGGUUCGGAGACUAUCCGAAAGAAUACAACCCAUCGGUCCACGGCCCAUACGAUCCUGCUCGUUUUUAUGGCAAACCUGAUACCCCCUUCGGUCAGUUGAAGUUAAGUGAAAUAGGAUCAUGGCUUGGACGCCGUAACAAGACUCCCUCUGCAUUCAUGGGGUCUAUUAGUCGAGCCUGGUGGAGGUGGCAGCACAAGUAUGUGCAACCUAAACGAGUUGGAAUGGCUCCAUUCUUCCAACUUGUUGUUGCUAACAUGGUGUUCUUCUACACAAUUAACUAUGGAAAAAUGAAGCACCACAGGAACUACAAAUACCACUAAUCAAUGGAAAAUUUGGAUUCAACAUUCUACAUUGUUCUUUAUUUAUGUUGUAACUUGCAAAAUUGUGUAUUAGGUGUUGAUCAAGAUUAAAUAGUGUAAACAGUA